GUUCCCAAAUUUUUAUUGGCAAACCUUAUUUCUACCGGAAAUUCUUCCCUACACGUCGCAAUUCAAUAUCUGCCAUUUAUUUCUUCCGUGGAAAUAUGGCUUCAGGAAAAAAGGGAAAGAAAGCCAAAGGCAAAACUUUGAACCUCAACGACUUUCUGCAGGAAAAUGCUGGAUCUAUACCUGUUCAACCUAUCAGAAAAUCCAACCUCAACUGGGCUGAUGAAGUGGAUGAUUAUGAUGGGUAUGACAGGAAACCUAUCAACGUGGUGCUACCCACAGCACCAAAAGCCUCUCGAGAUUAUGACGAUAUAACUGACAAGGUUCCCAAAGAUCCGCCGUACUCUGCUUACCUAUCCAAUUUGCCUUAUGAUGUGGAUGAGGAUGAGAUUGCCGAAUUCUUUAGGGACAUGAAGAUAGCAAAUAUGAGAAUUCCUAAGGAUGAUCGAGGCGGAGAAGCAAAAUCUAAAGGUUAUGGUUAUGUAGAAUUUGAGGACAGAGACAGUCUUUUAAAUGCACUUGUUUUACCUGAUACGACAUUGAAAAAUAGAAGGAUUAGGAUAGAAGUUGCUUCGAACAUGGACAACGACCGCCGAAGAGGAGGACGCAUGGAAAUGGGACGUGACCGAGGAGAGAGAAGCGAAUCUUUUGGCGACUGGCGGUCAGGUCCCCGAACUGAAACUAACGACAAUGAUAGGCGAGGCGGUAGUUACAAUAGAGAUAGGGACGGUGGUGGAUUCACUAGAGACAGGGACGGCGGAAGUUUUAAUAGAGACAAUAUGCGAGGCGGAGAUAGAGAAGAAAGAAGUUUCAGCAGGGAAAAUAUGCGUGACAGAGACCACGGUAGAGACAGAGAUAAUUUUAGGAGUGCCAGAGAAAGCGAUGAUAAGCCGGGAGCUUGGAGGAAUGGAGAGAGGAACAGAGACCAGGAUAGAGACAGAGGUUUCAAUCGCGAUAGAGGAAAUUACAGAGACUCCGAUAGAGGAAACUUUAGAGAUUCUGAUAGAGGAAAUUUCAGAGAUUCUGAUAGGAAUAGGUUUGAUGAUAGAGAUGACAGAAGAGGAGGAUAUGGUUCGAGGAGAUAUGAUAAUGAUAGAGACCGUGAUAGAAAUGAUGGCUUUACAAGAAGAGAUGAUAGGGAUUCAGAAAAUGCUCCACCAGAACCGCGUGAGAGACCAAGGUUGAUGCUGGCACCCAGAUCGAAACCAGUGGAAACCUUACCUGUGAAAACUGAGACAGUGCCUUCAGCUUCGAUAUUUGGUAGCGCCAAACCUGUAGAUACAAGUCAGAGAGAAAGGGAAAUUGAAGAGAAAUUGGCAAAGGGGCAUUCCGACAAGCCAAGGGAAAGUAGUCCUGAUAAAAAAUAUCCUAGUUCAGACGAUGGAGAUAAAAAAGAUGUUGAAAGAAGCAGGCCUUCACGUAAAAUAGAAAAUAGUCCGUUAAGAGAUAGGGAUAAUAAAGAUGGUCCACCACCGAGGAGAAAUUAUGAUGACAAAAGAGGACCUUCUAGGACUGAACAGAGGUCACCAGAUAAAACUGAUAACAGACAUAGAAGUGAGAGGUCUGACAAACCGAGGCGUGAAGAGAAAAGGGACAAGGAAAUGCCAAAACUUGCAGAAUUGGAACCACCAAAUUUUGCUGCUAAUAAUAAAUUCGCAUUUUUGGACCCUGAAGAUGGUUUGGACUAACAGUUUUUUGUGAAUAUUGUAGAGGUGUACAUACUUUCAUAUGUAAUAAAAUAAAAAUUUUAAUGUAAGUGGUAAUCAUACGUAUUUUACAUAUUUAUUGUUUUAGUGAUAGAAAUAUAUUUUUUGUUAAAAUACAAAACUCUUUGUAUGUGUAUAAUCUUUGCUGCAAUUUUUUUAUUGUAAUUUGUUUUGAUAAAUUACAUUUUUUCAUUGUAUUGA